AUGGUCGUUUCCAACCUUGCUAUCGUCAAAGGUCAAUGUAGCCCCGCCAAUGGUACCGUCUUCUUGCAGCCCGGGGCUGUCAUGGAGAGUAGAACGGUAAAGGUGCCCGGACCACUACCACUGAGGGCCCAGUACAGGUCAGAAUUCUCUCUGAAGAACCCGGAGGCACUGUCGAUAUUGCUGAUCCCAGAUGAAGCUCCGCAAGCAGUGGACCCCUUCACAACCGAGGACCAUGUCACCAGACCUAACUGUGCUGUCUGCAAGGCAGGCCUCAACCCGGUCUGGAAAUUGCCUGACAUUCUCGUUGAUCGCUUUGGUAUGGACAAAUGA